AUGUCUUCACCUCCAACUGCCAUCCCCACCGGCUCAUGGGUCCUUGUCACCGGCGCUACAGGCUUUGUCGCCAGCCACGUCACCCGUCAACUUCUCCAGCGCGGCUACAAAGUCCGAGGCACAGUCCGUGACCAAACCAAAGCCCAGUGGCUCAUAGAUGAUCACUUCAAGUCUUAUGCCGACAGUGGCUCCUAUGAGCUGGUCACUGUUCCUGACUUGUCGGCUGCUGGAGCUUUUGACGAGGCAGUAAAAGGUGUCUCGGCCGUCGCUCACAUCGCAAGUGUCCUCGACUUUGAUCCCAACCCCAACAACGUCGUUCCCCAGACUGUCGCAGGAGUAACCUCUGUCCUGGAAAGUGCAUCCAAAGAAUCUUCUGUUACGCGCUUUGCAUUUACCAGCUCCAUCGUCGCAGCUGUCUUCCCUACAGCUGACAAAGACGGUGUCGUCGACCGCAAUUCAUGGAAUGAGUUCGCUGUCAAAGAGGCCUGGGCUCCGCCGCCUUACGAACCUUCGCGUGCAAUGCUUGUGUACGCUGCAAGCAAGGUCGCAGCAGAACAAGCGCUGUGGAAAUACGUCGACGAGAACAAGCCUCGCUUUGUGACCAAUGUCGUCAGCCCAUCUGGUAUCUUGGGCGAGCCGCUGCACGAGAGACAUGCCACUUCAUACGGAAACUGGAUCUAUUCUCUCUUUAUCGAGAAGAGGGAGAUGAUUGACACGUUCCAAACUGCUUUUUUUGUUGAUGUCCAAGAUGUUGCCCUUGUCCACGUCGCUGCCAUUCUUGAUCCCAAAGUCAAGGAUGCGCGUCUUCAGACGUGGGGCCACAAAGCUCACUGGAACGAUUUCUUGCCCAUUCUGCGAGAGCUUCGACCGCAGAGGGAAUUCAUCCCUGACUAUCCUGACAAAUUUUACCUCAAGCUCUCGACUGAUCAAUCUGAGUCUGUCGCUCUCUUGAGGAAGUGGGCUAGUCAAGAUGGUUGGAAGCCGCUUAGACAGACUAUUACUGAGGCCAUCGAGAACCCCUACUGGAAGACUGAGUAG